GAACGUUCCGUUGACUCCGUGCGUGUUUCGCGUGUCUCGCGUAUUUAGAAUUCGAAUUGUGCCCAACUACGAUGUUGAGACUGUCGUGAGUCCGUGUUCGAGCAAAGUGUUUCUCGAAGGGGAUACGUUCGGUAGUAUAUCGCGAGUGCUAAUUGAAGUGCUACUAGUCGUCGUGCGAGCAUACGAAAUUCUCGAAACAAAUUUGUCUCCGUUCGUCGUAUCUCGGCGUGUGAUUUUUAUUCAAACGUUUUCCUCGGCCUGCGUUUCCAUGAAGUUACGUGACGUCCGCCACUCUCGUGUCAUGUUGAUUUUCGUUUGUGGCAAAGUUUUCGUGUGCGCGUAUUCGCUCGAGGAGAAUGGUACGCAGCCAAUGAGAAUUAUAGCUACUGACGCCAUCUACCAAUGCAUGAAGUAUUAAAAAUAAGAGCAACUCUCUCCAUUUGAGUGUGUAUCCCUGGUGAUCUUUGCCGCGUGAUUUUUACUUUUGGCGUCUUGGCAUCGCGCGCAAGUGAUUAGGUUAGGAACAUGGGCGAUACCGGUCACGCCGAUAUGCUGCCCGCCGACACGUUACGAUUAACCACGGACUCCGGCUUCAGUGAAUUGCUGAGGUCGGCGGAACAGCUGUCCGCGACUGUCGAGGGAAACGAAGAUCUGCCGCAGGUUGAGAGAAAUCUGCGACAAAUAUUGGAGGCGUCCAACGAGCUGUGGUCUCGUGUUACGCAGACGAGCACGCAGGACAACGAAGCGCAAGCUCACGUCUUGCUAGGCUCUCGAGGGGUAGAUUUAUCUCAAAUCUCUCAGAAACUUAAUUCACUCAGUGCGAGACGUACAUUUGAACCUCUAGAUCCUAUCGCGGAUACCGACAUUGUAAGCUAUCUCAGGAAUGAAAAGGAAAACGCGAUUCUUUCUAUUAUUGAACAAGUUCACAAAGAUACGUUUGAGCUUACUAGAGCACAACAAAUGGAACACAUGUUGGGAGAAUGGAAGCAAAUGCGGUUUGAGAUAAUAAAUGCCAUGACUGCGCCGUCCGGCGAGCUGGUAGAUUUACGUGGUGCUCCACAGCGUACGAAACUAGCUGGUUCAAUGGUCAGCGGGCUCUCCAGCGUAGAAGUCGCCUACGUGAAGGAAUUGCAGACUUACAAUGAUCAUGUGCUCAGAGGUGUAACGCGGCCCAGUUUGUUUAACGCAUUCUACAGAGCUUCUGAGUCCUUUAAUGACAAGAAGAUCGUGGAUCUGUGGCAAAUGGUAAAAUGUAUGGUCGAUAUUCCGCCGACUCCUCGAGGAGAUCAAAUUAAAUCGAGAAGCAGCCCCGCAAUCGAACAGCGAAUCGUCUUGCAAGCCAAAAAGUAUCUGGAAAAUCGAUACAGAGACUUUAUGAACUCCAUAAUCAACGAUAAUCUUGUUCAGGCGAAGCGAGGCGGCAUUCCGGGCACCAUACCUCUGGUCAAGAGCUUUGUGGGCGUCAAAGUACAAAACCUGAGGGAUUUGGAGGACACCAUGGUGGAGGAUAAGCCGUUGUGGCCGCUAGUGUACUACUGCAUGCGAGCCGGGGACUACAAGGCUGGAUUGCAGUGCUUGAAUCAGUGCAGUAUAGAAUUCCCAGAAUUCAAAACGGCUCUCGAGGAGGCUUGCGACGAUCAGCACCAUCGUCCGAGCAGUCGUGCCGAAUCUAUUCUGAAGUUACACUAUAGGAAGCAAGUGCGAUCUGUCUCUGAUUCGUACAAGAGAGCGGCAUAUUGCGCGUUGGUUCCCUGCGAGCCGGACGAUUUGCACUCGGAGGUGAUAGCCACGGCCGACGAUUACUUGUGGCUGAAGUUGUGUCAAGUGAGAGAUCAAGCGGAUAUUGAGAACAAACUUACGUUGGACUAUCUGCAGAGUACAAUUUCAGAAAUAUAUGGAGAAACUUAUUAUCACGCGCAUGAGCAGCCAUUUUUAUACUUUUCGAUGCUGUUUUUGACUGGACAGUUUGAAGCAGCGAUAGAAUUCUUAGCUACGGGCGCUGGAGCGAGGCACUUAGCGCAUGCUGUCCAUCUGGCAGCAGCCAUGAAUGAACACAAUUUAUUGGCUGUCAGUCAAAGUGUUUUAGCGCCUCUUAUAAGCGUAGACCCUGCUGAUAAGCCGCCAGCGAAGAGAUUGAAUUUCGCUAGGUUGAUAUUAUUAUAUGUUAAAAGAUUCGAAUCAUCAGAUCCAAAAGAGAGCCUUCAUUAUUUAUUUUUAUUAAGAUGUAUGAAGGAUCCGUACGAUCGUAAUAUGUUUGCCGCAUCUGCCGCAGAAAUGGUGGUAGACGCCUCUCCUGCAAACCGCAUUUUACUGGUCGGAAAACUUGACAAGGAUCGCAGACUUCCAGGGAUCUUGGAUCAAUUUCAGAUCAAUACCGACGACGUAAUAAAUAUAUGUGCCGAAACGUUGUAUAGAAAAGGUCUGCUAGAAGAUGCAGUUAUGAUGUACGAUCUGGCUAGAAAUCAUGAGAAGGUUCUCAGUUUAAUGUGCACUCUUUUGACGCAAGUUGUUAGUCAGAAAGGACCACCCGGUUCUCUCAGGGCACGACUACAAGUCACGGCAAUGGAUAUUAGUACAAGAUACAAGGAUAUUGCGAUCCAAGCGCCUUCAGAAGUAGUAUCUUCAUUCUAUACCUUGAGAGAUCUUAUGGUUUUCUUUGAUCAAUUCCACAAUGAGCAAUAUCAGAGUGCGCUCAGGACAAUUGCGGAUUCAAAGAUGUUACCUCUUCAAGUGAAGGAAGUCGACGAAAGAGUGAACGCUUUACGUCGGGUGUCGCCCGAAGUGGCUGGCACUCUAGCCGAUGUUCUUCUAGCCACUAUGACGAUACUGUAUCGUCAAUAUCAGAAAUUGCGAUCGGUGGAGCCGGGCGAUAAAAUUGCGAGAGAGCAGCAGUUACAUGAUCUCCGAGAGCAAGCCCGAGCAUUAACGAGUUUCGCGGGCACGUUGCCAUAUCGUAUGCCGAACGAAACAAAUAGCAAACUUGUACAAAUGGAGAUUCUUAUGCAUUAGAAUCGAAUGUGAAAUUUAUAUUUUAGCUUAAAUAUUUAAGUGCAGUUUAUACAUUUGUUAAUUAUAUUUAAAAGGUUUUUUAAAUUCUACAUAAUAAAUAUUCCAAUAAAAAUUUCAUUUUUAAUUUAAAAUGUAAUAGGAUUGCACAUAUUCUAUCAAGAACAAUUACAGUAACUGAUAACACCAAGUUUUCAAAGAUUCACUUCAGCUCAGAUUCAAGUACUUUUCAUGUACUAUAUAGUAGGUUGUACGAAACUUUGUAAAAUGUAAGAGAGAGACGCAGUACGAUAAAUUAUUCGAAUUAUUUUUGUACUGCUAUUUGUAAAUGUACUGACAAUAGAGUUUUGCAAAAUACAAAUAAGUAUAUAAUCUGUUGAUUUAAUAAAUAUUGAACAUAAUCAAUA